AUGCAUCUGCUCAGUACUUUGAUUCUGUCCUCCGUCGGCCUUACUUUGGCAUAUGAAGUGCCCGACAAUUUGAAAAAGCUGUACGACGAGCACAAGGGUGUUGAAUGCAAAAACAUACUUAAGAAAGGGUUGGACGAUGGAGGUGGCACAGACGACGAGAUGGGUUAUUGCGGCGACAUAGAUGGGGCUAUCUACCUAUACAGCACCGCCAAUGGGGGAUCGUACGGCGAUAUGGACAUCGAUUGUGAUGGCGCUAAUGAAACUGCGGGGCUCUGCUCCAAUGAUCAGAGUGGUCAAGGUCAGACGGCUUUCAAGUCUGAACUGCAGAAGAAUUAUGGCAUCGAGGACCUGGAUGCCGGCAUUCACCCCUAUGUGGUCUUCGGAACUAAGGACUAUUUUCCCCAAGGCAAUGAAGACGAUGUAGACCCCAAAGAGAUGCAGCCUCUGAGUGUGAUGGCAGUUGUGUGCGGUGGAAACCUGCACUAUGCUAUCUGGGGUGAUACCAACGGCCACUAUGCUACCGGAGAGGCUUCCCUCUCUCUGGGUCAACUCUGCUUCCCUGACGAGGAUAUUACCGGUGACAGCGGACAUACCGAGAAGGAUGUCUUGUACAUUGGCUUCAAGGGAAAGAGCGCACUCCCGGGAGACGAGACAAAUUGGAAAGCAAAGGACGCCAAAACAUUUGAAGAGAGCAUCAAGUCGGUUGGUGAUAAAUUAGUCCAGGGUCUUGGUUCGGCCGGAUCCAAAGGCUCGUCCCAAGGCAGGGUCGACGACUCUUCAUCUUCAUUCACUACGUCCGCGCGGACUACCACCAAGUCCACAACCAAGUCGAGGACCCGCGUGCUAAGUUCCACCGCUCCUCCUAUGAGUACCACCGCGAAAGCGAAAUCGUGUCGUCAGCACUAA